AUGAAACUGGCGAGGAAGGCGGACACGCGACGGAUGGCAGCGCUAUCUACGGAAGCUCGUCGACAGCUACUAGAGCUUAAGCGACGUUCGGAUUUGGAGCGGAUGCUGUUGCCAGAUGGGCCACCUCGCAAACGGCAAACAAAGCGGGCAUCUCCAGAACGUCAGCAAUGCGUAAUGGUUGCACCAGUCGACGAGCUAUGUGACGAAUUAAACCCCGUAAAGCCAACUCAGGUCGUGGCCUCGACGUCCAGAGAAGCUGAUUUUUCUGAACCCGCCACGACUUCUGGGUUGGCCCGUUCUUCCUGCCGAGCAAAUGUUUCUAUCGAAGAUGUUUACGAAUCGUCAAUCUCCGAAGACGGAAUGGGGGGUAUGUCCGACCCCGAAACAGUCUCGGUUUAUAGCUCUCCUAGUCCUUCCUCUCCAAAUCCCUAUAUCAUGCUGAGGACGUCCCUUAAAAGACCUUACCAGCAGAUGACCUCUUCGGAUAAGGAU